AUGGUGGGAGCAUCAAGGGAAGAGCUCGUCUCGGUGCCUGUGCUAGGUCCAGAAUGGCAAAAGUCGGAGCUGCACGAGCUAUCCCGCCGGGGCAAAUCGGCAGUACGCAAAGAGAAGCGUCAGCGGAUAUGGCGCGAGUGGACGCGGGACCAGCGAGGCGUCUGCGGUGUCACUUGGCUGACCCGUAAGAUGCUGGUCAUUAUACUGUCUUGCAUGGUUGUCGGGACCGCCCUCGUGCUGUUCUUCACCAUCCCCAGACCGCCCUCCUACUCUUUCUACGUUUCCCAGCCAUUCACAGUCAACAACUCGACUGUUCAGUUCGCACGCACACCUGCCAACUUUUCCUUUACAGGCAAUCUCAACAUCCUAGCCGACACGACAAGCUCAUACCUCCCCCUCCAAUACUCCGAUAUCUCAGUCCAGCUAUACCACCUUACGACAAACAAGCAGAUCGCAACCGGCAACUACGGCAAGAACAAGGUCAAGAAGGGGAAUCAGGAGCCUGUCUCCAUCCCUGUUCAGUUUUCGUACUCUGCCCCAAAUGCGACCGAUACGACCUGGAACGACAUCUACUCGGCCUGCGGGCACAUGUGGACAGGCACGGUACGACCACCAUUACGACUCCGACUCGUCCUGACCUCCAAUAUUGUCGGGCUUGUCACGAAGCCGGAAACGAGCACGCAGAUUAGCGAUGUGACGUGUCCGUUCGAGUUGUCUUCGAACUCUGUAUGA